AUGGAUUCUUAUCUUUUGACCAAAUUAAGUUUAUUUACGAACAAUUUAUUACCAUUAGGUAUUGCUAUAAUUAAUUCUGAAAUUAAACAAUUAGGGUUUAUUACCAACUAUUUACAAUCCCAUAAUAUACAAUUUUUUACUGUCGGCCGAGGCGGAGAUUUAGAUCUUACUGGGACUAAACAAUCAAUUGAUGGUCAAAAUAUCAGCUUCACCUAUAAAGAACAAUGUUAUAAUUUUGAUACUAAUAUAAUUGGAAGUUUUCAAGCUUCUAAUUUAUUAAUCGCAGUGAUGAUGGUACACUUGACUGGCUUCCCGUUUUUAGAAGUAAUAUCAAAAUUACCAAAAAUUAAAGCAGUGCAAGGAAGAUUACAAAGAGCUAGCCAGGAUAAUAGUCCCUACCAUGUAGUAAUUGAUUAUGCUCAUACCCCAGAGGCAUUAAAAAAAACCUUGUUAGAGCUCAAACACAUAAAGGCAGCUUCUGGCUCUUUAAAAGUUAUAUUUGGUUGUGGAGGGGAGAGAGAUACUAACAAAAGAGCACAAAUGGGACAAAUCGCUAGCCAAAUAGCAGAUCAAAUUAUUAUUACUGACGAAAAUCCUAGACAUGAGUCCUCAAGCUCAAUAAGACAACAGAUCAUUCAAGGUAUAAGUAAUAAUAAUUCUAAUUAUGAGGAAAUAGCAGAUCGAGAAGUGGCUAUUACUCACACUAUAAAUAACCUACACAGCAAUGAUAUUUUAUUGAUUGCUGGAAAAGCCGGUGAGGAAUAUCAAAUAAUUAAGGAUAGGAAAAUCCCGUUUAGUGACUUUGAUAUUGCUAGGAAAGCAUUAAAUGCAGUCAAGGUGGAUAGUUAA